AUGAUGACCACUACAAUUAAAUACAUACAAAGGAACAGGCAGUCAGGAGACAACCGUCCAAGACGAAACACAUCAGAGCCAAUCCCCUGUCGUACGGACGCGCUCUGCAAAGGUAACCCACCAAGGGAGCGCCCGGGGAUGAAGAACCCUACCGGGAGUAAGCCCUGCCCAUACCGCCGACGGGCCGACGCACGCAGCCCCGCCCACGCCAUGCACGCCCCGCCCAGGCAGCGGAGGCGUCCAAGUGACGAACGCCACGCCCGUGUCCCGCUCACGCGGCGGAAGGUACACGCCACGCAGCCCCACCCACACAGCGGAAGAGCUCUAGCCACCUUGCCACGAAGCCCCGCCCACACCAUGCACGCCCCGCCCAGGCAGCGGGGGCGGGGGGGCUGCCCACGCGACAAGCGCAACGCCGCAUUCCCCACGCAAGCCGCGGAAGGCCUAAACCAAGUUCGGCGCUGUAGCUGGGCAAUCGGUGCGCCCGUUUACGGAAGCAGAGCCCAGACGAACAUCGGACUGCGCCUGCGCACUGACGUAUUCCCAAAAGACCAAUGA